AAACAAACAGUCGAUCGAAAUAAUCGAUAGAGUCAAACGAUGAUCGUCGCGUUGUUGCACUUAGUGAUCGUGUUGACGUCUGGCGCUGCGAGCGGCUUGCUGGAAGUCUCGUCGAAACCCCAGGUGCUGGUGGUCUCAGAGGGGAUGACGACCAAACUCGAUUGUCCCAGCAACGACGAGGAUCAUAGCUUCAUGUUCUGGAAAUUGGCACACGGAGCGGCCAUCAUCGGACCAGGCAACGAUUACGAUAAGAUAAAGUUCGACUACGAAAUACUCACGGGCAAAUUGCUAAUACGGAAAGCGGUGGCAGGUAAAGAUGACGGUCUCUACGAGUGUGUUUCCCGCGGAGUCCACGACGACGAGAUUCAGAUCCGCACAGUCCACUUGAUCAUCCGUAAAGAUUGGAACCACGUAUUCGAACACGAUCAAUCGGUGAAUUACUUCAGGAUUGCGGUCAUAAGCGGAACCAUAUUUAUUCUCAUCGUCGUCUUCUUCAUGGUUUACAGAAACCUAUCCAAAAGGAAAUCGCGCAAUUAUUUGGAACAAUACGAUGAUGAAGAGGAAGAUAUUGUUUCGGAUAUCGAAGAUUUCAAUGCACCGGGACCGUCGAAUCUUGGAAACAUCGUGUUGAAGGAGAAGAGGCCGAUAGAAAAACUUAACAGCGGAUUCGAAAAUCCUACCUUAACUACAACAGUCUUAAUCAACACCACCCAAUAACCAUGUCAUUA